GGCCGCCUCAACCAAUGAAACGUCGCCGUUCGCCCCAACCGGAAGUCAGUUAUUGUUCCACUCGGACAUAACAGAAAUUCUGUAAUUGAGAAAAAAACAACUGACGAAGUGUGAACAAUGUCUUCAGAAUCAUCGCAAAAGAUUCCAACUCACGAAGAUUGUAGCAGUGAGAUUGAAUCAAACUAUGAUGAAAUUGUCUCUACAUUUGAUGAGAUGAAACUGCGGAACUCACUGUUAAGAGGGAUAUAUGCUUAUGGUUUUGAAAAGCCUUCUCUUAUCCAGCAAAGAGCAAUUGUACCUUGUAUAAAAGGUCAUGAUGUUAUUGCCCAAGCUCAGUCGGGCACAGGAAAGACUGCCACCUUUUCUAUUGCCAUUUUGGAACAGUUGGAUAUGGAUCUCCCUGAGUGUCAAGCUCUGGUCCUGGCUCCCACUAGGGAAUUGGCCCAACAGAUUCAGAAAGUCGUUGUGGCUCUUGGAGAUUACAUGGACGCAAGAUGCCAUGCGUGUAUUGGCGGAACAAAUGUUCAUGAUGAUAGGUUACAAUUGAGUGAAGGUGUUCACACGGUUGUUGGAACUCCUGGACGUGUCAGUGAUAUAAUCCAACGAAAAUGGCUUGUAACUUCCCAUAUUAAAAUAUUUGUCCUUGAUGAAGCAGAUGAGAUGUUGUCUCGAGGUUUCAAAGAUCAAAUUUACAGUGUUUUUAGAUACAUGCCCCAGAAUGUUCAGGUGAUAUUAUUAUCAGCUACUAUGCCACCAGAUGUCUUUGAAGUCACCAGACAAUUUAUGAGGAAGCCAAUUAAGAUUUUAGUGAAAAAGGAAGAGUUGACUCUUGAAGGUAUCAAACAAUUCUUCGUUCAUAUUGAGAAAGAGGAAUGGAAACUAGACACAUUAACAGAUUUAUAUGGAACUCUGACAAUCACUCAAGCCGUUAUAUUCUGUAAUACUCGUAGGAAAGUAGAUUGGCUCACCGAUCGGAUGUUGGCAAAAGAUUUCACUGUUUCUGCUAUGCAUGGUGAGAUGGACCAGAAGGAAAGGGAUAUGAUUAUGAGGGAGUUCCGCAGUGGAUCCAGUCGUAUCCUCAUAACUACGGAUCUUCUUGCAAGAGGCAUUGAUGUUCAGCAAGUAUCCCUUGUCAUUAAUUAUGAUUUACCUACGAACAGAGAAAACUACAUUCACAGAAUUGGUAGAGGAGGACGGUUUGGUCGUAAAGGUGUUGCCAUCAACUUCAUCACCGAGGAUGAUGUUCGAAUACUCAAUGACAUAGAACAAUUUUACAACACUUCCAUCAUAGAGAUGCCAACGAAUGUGGCUGACUUGAUUUAAGGUUGCCCCCCUCUUGCUGUUCGGAAAGACAACAUGCAUUGCUUGUCAUUCAAGACAUCAAAUAUACACCUUUCUCUCUUUCUUUUUAUAUUUGAAAUAUGUACAAACUGCUUUUCCUUUCCAACAAAGACAAGGGCCUUUUCAUUUGUUGACACUGCCCAUGCACGCUCAAGUUCUACGUGUAUUUUUCUCCCCACUCCCAUCCCUAACAUGUAUUAAUCAACUUCUGGUUUUU